AGCGCAGUUGUGAAAUGGGGACAGAGAGAGAGGAAUCCAAGCAGACAGCUUCCCUAAUAGAGCAUGAUUAACUCAGCUACAGAGGCAGGGAGCCGUUGGAUUACAGUUGGAUUUUCAGCUCGAUAUUUGGAUGUAUAUGUUUAGGAUUUAGCCACAAUGUCGACAGUACAUCCGCUUCUGAAAGCAUGUUUAAUAAUGGACCAGCGAAUAAACUUAAAAUGGUGGCUGCAUUUUUUAUCGCUUUGCCUCAUUUUUGGUGCUUCGUUUGGAGAAGUCCGUUACAUCCUUCCAGAGGAGAUGCAGCGGGGGUCGGUUAUCGGCAAUGUUGCACGGGAUCUGGGGCUGAAAGUGUCGGAGCUUGAUGCUCGUCGAGCCCGUGUUGUUGCAGAAGGGACUAGUCAGCUGUGUGAACUGGACACUGCGUCAGGGAAUCUUUUGAUCAGCCAACGGAUAGACCGAGAGGAGCUCUGCGCGCAAGCCACUGUCUGCACCCUGCAGUAUCAGCUGUUACUCGAAGAUCCCCUUCAAGCAUACAGCAUAGUUUUGGAUAUUGCAGAUAUAAAUGACAACAGCCCAGUGUUCGCUGCAGAGGAGAUACGGCUAGAUUUAGUCGAAUCCACUGUUCUUGGGAGGCGCUUUCCAUUGGAAAGCGCGCAUGACCCCGAUCUGGGAACCAACUCAGUCCGUGAAUAUAAACUGAGCCCGAAUGACCAUUUUGCACUGGAAAUGAGCACCCAAAUAAACGGCAAUGCUUAUCCGGAACUUGUUCUUAAAAAGGCCUUGGACCGGGAGGCGCAAGCUGAACAUGUACUGAAAAUCAAUGGAAUUGACGGGGGAAAUCCGGUCAGAUCAGGAACUGCUUCUAUCCAUAUCCGUGUUUUGGACGCCAAUGACAACGUUCCAGCUUUUAGCCAACGAGUCUACAAAACCUCUGUACCAGAGAACUCGGCCAUAGGGACUCUCAUAGCAAAGCUAAAUGCCACGGACUCAGAUGAGGGUGUUUAUGGAGAGAUAACCUACUCUUUCAGUCACUUGUCAGACAAGACUGGGGGAGUUAUUGAAAUUAACCCUGUGAGUGGAGAAGUUAGGGUGGCAGGUGUUAUUGACUAUGAAGAGGCCAGUACGCAUGAACUGGAUGUCCAGGCUAAAGAUGGAGGUGGUCAGGCGUCUCACUGUAAACUUAUAAUUGACGUCAUUGACGUAAAUGACAAUAAGCCCAUAAUAGAAAUAAAGUCAGCCUCUGCUAACGUGGCUGAAGACUCUAAACCAGGAACUAUGGUUGCUCUGAUUAAUAUGUAUGACCUGGACACUGGAAGCAGUGGGCGCGUCACGUGUACAAUCCCACAAAAUGUUCCAUUUAAAUUUGUGUCGGAGGUCAAAAACUAUUACAUGUUAGUGACUGACGGAAUACUAGACAGUGAGCUUCAACCCGAGUAUAACAUCACAGUCACAGCCACUGAUGCGGGCUCUCCCCCACUCUCUAGUAUAAAAGUUAUUACAAUCGUGGUCACUGACAUUAAUGAUAACCCUCCGACGUUUACGCAGCGCGAGUACAAUGCCAACAUCCUGGAAAACCAGCCCGUUGGCACGUUUGUGAUGAGAGUGACAGCAGAGGACAUUGACGACGGCUCUAAUGCUAAAAUACUGUACCAAAUAUCAAAGGAUACAAAGUCAGAAGUGUCCUCCUUCCUCACCAUCAACGCAGACACAGGAGAGCUCUUCACGUCACGCCUCUUUGAUUACGAACAGUCAGUUCACUUUCAAAUUAAGGUGACAGCUCGAGAUGGAGGCGACCCUCCACUCUCCACCACCUGCACUGUAAACGCUUUUAUUAAAGACCAAAAUGACAACGCACCGGUUGUCCUAUAUCCUGUCCAAACCACCGGGUUCAUAGCUGAGGAUAUGGUGCCCAUUGAAGCGCCUCGUGGUUACCUGGUUACUAAGGUGGUAGCUGUGGACGCAGACUCUGGCCAUAACGCCUGGCUGUCCUACAGAAUAAUCAAAGCAACGCGGCCUAACCUGUUCAUAGUCGGUCUGCAUACAGGAGAAAUCAGAACUUUGCGAGCAUUCAUGGAGGACGAUGAGCCGAAACAAACGGUUGUUGUUUCAGUAACCGAUAACGGGCACGAAUCUCUGUCCGCCACCGCCACGGUCAGCGUGGUGAUUGGUGACGGGCUGCCUGUUUUAAACGAGCUCUUUGAGUUUACAGAUGAACCACAGGAGAGCGAUGACUUAACGUUUUAUUUGAUUAUCGCUUUGAUAGCUGUUUCCUCUCUUUUCAUCCUUUUACUCAGCGGAGUGUUUUACUUUAAGCUCUGCCGGCGUAGUUACGUUUACCGUUCAACCACCGCUAGUCUACCAGUUUUCCCCACGACCUACUGCCCCCCUAGUUUUACAGAUUUAAGCCGCUGUGGCACCCUGCUAAAAGAUGAGCGGUAUGAUUCCUUCAUGACCACAGGGUCGUGGAGAGGCGAUUUCCGUUUCGGGUCCAGCACAGACACUGAUACACUGAAGCAAAGAAGCGCAGCUUAUCAAAAAAACACGUUAAGGCGCGCAAGUGCGGACAGAGCUACUCUGAAGGUGAGGGCCGGUGCAUCGCAUCCGUGUUACGUGGUUAAAUGAGAGUCGGCCAUAACAUUUUUGACACAGCUGUCACUGUUGUAAAAUAUCCCUAAAUUAAAAUUGGACCCUUUGACUGCCAAAUAUGUCACAAUUUUAUUCGUGCGUAAACAUGUUGUCUAUGCUUUAAUGUGCUGUAAUGUUCUUGGAGUUUUGCUAAUAACCUGAACCUCAUCCCCCACCACCUAACCCUGAAUAUAGAUAAUAUGAUAAUCCUAAUCCAAAUGUAAAUAGUCUAUCUUCUGGAGUAUUUUAGAAAAUAUUACUAUGGUAACAUAAGAUAAGUGAUUUUUCUAUCCGCAUCCUUGCUAUUGUUUUCAUCAAAGUUUGAAACAGUUUGCAGAAGAAAGUUGUGUCUUCUAUUUGUCAGGUUGGGUCAGGCUUGUUUUGUUUACCUGACUCUUAAUUAUCUUCCUCUGUCACCCUCCCACUAUCUAUUUCUAUCUGUCUCUCUCUUCUCUCAUUUUGAAAUGCAUGGUAGACCUUUCUGACUGCUCUAUUUAUCAUUGUAUCUUCUGGUAUUCUGAGAAUAAUACAGCCGAGGAAUUAAUUUUUUGCUUUGUCCGUGGUAUAUUUGUCUUUGCCUCUGUUAAUGUUUUUGUGAAAAACGGCCUUCACUCUUUUAUUUAUUGUCCUUUUUUGACUUGGACUACACUGCAGCCAAGUUUUGAUAAUGCCAUGUUGUGUUUCCACAAAACACAUGAUUUGUUGUGUGACAGAGACACAAUAAAACCUUUGCACUAUGAAUUGAACAAUAUGUAAACAGACUAUGGGUGUAUACUGAUGAAAAAUAAACUUGAAGAACUUUUCCAGUGACCUAAUGACCUUUUGCACAGACUUGUUAAGAUCAAGACAAGAAUGAGGGACAUUUGUAUGGAAACCAAAGCUGACGGUCAUCAUAACAAAAAUCCAUGGAAACUGUAAUUAACAAUAAAAAUAAAACUUGCACUUUGACAGAGACUUGCAUGUACAGUGUACUGUGUGCCUCACC